AUGGAAAAAACACAUAUACCCCAGCCAAUAGAAGAAGAAACCAAUUAUUGUGGAGAAUGUAAAUCAAUUAAAUGUAAACAUAGCAAGUAUCAUGUUUGUCAACUUCAUUUAGAUUUUAAAGAAAAGAUAUACCCAAAUGAAAUAGGAGAGUUUCUAAUAUUAAAUCAUGAAGAAACUAAAAUUACAUCUGUGUGUAAUGAUAAAUGUAUUCAAAGUAUUGCAUCAAAGUAUGACGAGCUAAAAUCAUAUUUGGAUAAUAUGAAGUUCUAUUAUCUUUCUUUAAUGCCAAAAGAAAAUGGUUUCUUCAAUUGUCCAAUAGAUUUAAAAGAUUUCGAAAACUAUAUGGAAGGUCGACUUAUUCCAUCAAGCAAAACCAAUACUUUAAAAAGGGUUGAAGAAUCAAUUAAAUUUAAAUUAAGAAACAAUAGGAUUUAUUUAAAUGAUAAUUUAACUGAAUAUCAAAAAAAAGAAUUAUACGGUUUAAAAUAUACAACUGGUUCUUUCCCAUCAUUAAAUCAGGAGUUUACUGUGUACGAAAUUAAUAAAUCGACCCCAAUAUUGGGUCCCAAUCAAUAA